GAUGAAGCAGGAAUCCCAGGUAUACUAGUUGGAGUUUCUGUAGAUGGAGAGGAAGUCUGGUCAGAAGGUUUGGGUUAUGCUGAUGUAGAGAAUCGUGUAGUAUGUAAGCCAGAGACAAUCAUGCGAAUUGCUAGUAUUAGCAAGUGCCUUACAAUGAUGGCUGUUGCUAAAUUGUGGGAAGAGGGGAAACUGGAUUUAGAUGCUCCAGUGCAGAAAUAUGUCCCUGAAUUUCCAGAAAAAGUCUACGAGGGUGAAAAGGUCGCUAUUACUACAAGACUGUUAGUUUCACACUUGAGUGGGAUUCGUCACUAUGAAAAAGAUGUUACAAAAGUAAAAGAAGAAAAGGAAAAGGCAAACAGAGCAUUUAAACUAACAAAGCCCUAUCAGGAUAAAGAACAAAAAGAAAAAGAAGGCAAAGGGAUUGAAAAGACUGAUUCUGUCAAACUGAGGAAAGAACACGAAGGUGAGGUAAAAAGCCAAAAUGCAAAACCUGGCAGGAGAGACAAGGAAUUUGAGCAAGAAGAAUAUUAUUUGAAGGAAAAAUUUGAAAGUGUGAUUGAAUCACUGAAGAUAUUUAAAAACGAUCCUUUAUUCUUUAAACCAGGUAGUCAGUUCUUGUAUUCAACAUAUGGCUUUACUCUCUUAAGCGCUGUUGUGGAGAGAGUUUCAGGACAAAAAUUUACAGAUUAUAUGCUAAAAAUGUUUCGUGAUUUGGAUAUGCUAUCAACUGUACUAGAUGACAAUGAAGCAAUGAUAUAUAACAGAGCAAGGUGUUAUGUUUACAACAAAAAGGGACGGCUGGUAAAUGCACCAUAUGUGGACAACUCUUACAAGUGGGCUGGUGGUGGCUUUCUGUCAUCAGUAGGUGACCUUCUGAAAUUUGGAAAUGCCUUGUUAUACAGUUAUCAAGCUGGACAAUUUAAAAACACUAGCGGCAAACUUCUUCCUGGGUACCUCAAACCAGACACUGUUGCAAUGAUGUGGACCCCAGUGCCAAAAACAGAGGUAUCGUGGGACAGGGAUGGUAAAUAUGCAAUGGCUUGGGCUGUAGUAGAGAAAAAACAACAAUAUGGCUGUUGCAGACAGCAGAGACACUAUGCAUCUCAUACGGGUGGUGCAGUGGGGGCAAGUAGUGUCCUCCUGAUUCUUCCUGAAGAGCUGGACUCUGAAGCUAUAGAUACUGGGCUAGUGGCACCACCUAGAGGAGUAAUUGUUAGUAUUAUUUGUAAUAUGCAAUCGGUUUCACUCAACAGCACUGCCUUAAAGAUUGCAAGGGAAUUUGAUAAAGAAAAAUGGGCACGAUAUGUAGAUUAAAAAAAGAAAUAGGUGUAACUGAAC